AUGGAGUUUUGGGCCAUUGCACGCCUAUCUCAAGAUGAUAAAGGCAAAGUGUUGGCCAUUGUUGCUAUUGUGGGAAAGAAAGAAAUUGUCAUCACCUCUGAGAUUCUAACAAUCAAACUCCAACUUAGAGAUACUGGUGAUGAUGACAAAUUCUUAAAACUUGUGAUGGAUGUGGAAUUUAUUGAGCAGGGAUAUUAUGGUUCAACAAAAUAUGCCACUUAUGAGAAAAAGCAUUGCUCUGCUGGUCUGAAGUAUCUAUUUCACGCUAUCAUGCAUUGCUUGUCAGACAAAGUUGCUUCCUCAAGUGAAAGGUUUUGCCCCAAAACUGGAUUACCAUUUAUCAUUCCUGACGUUAGUAAAGAAAUAAAGCCCCAAAUGGACAUGAUAUUUACAAGCCUCGAUGAUUGUUAUUCAAUGUAUGUUACGUAUGCCAAGGCUUGUGGUUUUUUAGUCAGGAACGAGACUGCAAAGAUAAACGCCAAAGGUGAAAAACAUAUUAAGUAUUACAUGUGUAUGAGAGCUAGGGUAUAUAAGGACAAGAAGGUUGAUACGUUGGACCCCAAUCAAAAGGAACGUUUAGUGCGAUCCAACUUUUCAAAGAGGACUGAUUGUGGUGCACUGUUAUGUGUAAUUUUUGAGGUUGGAUCAUGGAAGGUCUAUAAGUUUGUCGAGGAGCACAACCAUGAUCUUGUUGAACGCCCUGAUAAGCAUUUUCUUCCAACUGAACGACACCUCACUCAGCUCCCGAAGCAUGUUAUACACAACAUGUCUAAGUUGAAUUUGGGUCCAGUUAAGGCGUUUAAUGUUAUGAAGACUUGUUUUGGCGGUUUUGAAGACGUCAGUGCAAGUAAAGUUGAAUUUAAGAACUACAAGAGGCAAAUUAACUUGUUUAUAGGGGAAUACGACGCCGAGAUGGUUGUGAGACAUUUGGAUGAAAAAAAAACAGCCCAGCCUAAUUUUUCGUACGAUUACUUCACAGAUGAAGACAAUCGUUUGAAGGGACUUUUUUGGUGUGACGAUCAAGCCAAACGUAAUUACCACGUGUUUGGUGAUGUGAUUUCGUUUGACGCCACAUACGCUAUGGUGUUUGUACCGUUCACUGGUAUAGACAAUGAUCACUGCAAUGUUACAUUUGGUGUUGCAUUAUUGGCGUCGGAAAUUGCUGAUACGUAUAUUUGGUUGUUGAGAGUUUUUCUAAAAGUUGUUGGUUCUCAACCAAAAGUUGUUGUCACUGACCAAGAUCCAGCAAUGAAGAAAGCUAUUUCUGCAUUAUUUGUUGACACGAGGCAUCGGUUAUGCAUGUGGGAAUCUUGGAUCCCUGCAUACUAUAGAAUGGAAGAGCUGUCGGGCCUUAUGCGAACGAUAUCGAGGACGGAGAGUGAGAAUCAUUUUUUUGGUCAAGUGUGCAAUUCAAAAGCUACUCUUGUUGAGUUCAUGACUCAUUAUGAAACUGCAAUAGAAGCAUAG